CAAUGAGACACCAGCCAAGACACACUCACACACUCACACACAGGCUGUGGGGUCAGAAGGAGCUUCCCAGCCACAGCUCCUCCUAAACCAGGUUACAUUGGCUGAACUCAUCCACUUUCUAACCAUCAGCUUCCAGCAGCCAGCCUGCACACCAACACACAACGUCAUUUUGGAAGAAGAUCUGAUCCUCCCAGGUUGUGAAGUAGCUAUUUUUUUUUUUUCACUUAUUCAGACUUUACUUUCAGCCUCCAGAGGUUGCUCCCAGUGAGCUGAACAUUCUGACAGUCUGGUUACUGUAACAUUGUAUCAUGAUCUGCACGUUGGGACAUCAGCCCCUGUGACCCUCCUCAGAGCCCACCUUGGAGAAGACUUGGACAUUUCAGUCACCUCAUCUUCACAACUUGGAACCCAGGCAGGACUGAGCUCUGUCUCUGCUAAGAAAGAGGAGAAAUUGAGGCUGCAAUCUGCUCUGGAAGGAUUUUUGUCUCAGUCUGUUUGCAGUAACUCAGAAGGAAAAGGGGGAGAAUCUCUGCCAGGAACCUGCGCUCUGCACCUCUGCCCAGGCUUGCUGAGUGAUCUUUCGGGGUGUUUCUGUUUUUUGGGGGACUUGGUAGCGUGCCCCCUCCUUGUGCCGGGGGUGACUUGGUGUCCCUCUCUGCCUGUCUCCGCAGUUUGGCCAGGGGGGAUGGGAGGAGGGGUCUGCAGAAGAUCCCUGGACUAGUAGUGGCUGCAUUGCACCUUCUUCUGCUAUCAUCUGGCAAUUAACCAAGGGACCCAGCUAGCCCAGACACAGCUAGCCCAGACACAGCCACAGCUAGCCCAGCCACAGCCAGCCCAGCCACAAAGCUUCUCUCUGGGAUUCACUGUCAUUGCACCAUGAGGUACAUCACAUCAGUCCUGGGCUAUCUGUAAGUAUCCCUCCUAACACCCAAUGUACCUACCGUACAGGGGGCUUCAUUUACUAAACACUGAAUUCUACUGAAUUGUAAAACUGAGACAAGAACCGAUCUGGGGAAAUUCUCCAAUCCAGUUACAGUCACCGUGUGGCUAUUUCAGUCUGAUUGUUACAAUAUGAUUUCUAUUUCACUACAAUCCGGAGUUUAGUAAAUACAGCCCAGUUUCUGUUUAGCGAUGUGUGCGAUAAUAUGCCUCCUAACCUGCCCCUCUUUAUCUCUUUACAGGUUGUUACACUUGUUUGUCAUCUGUUUACAAGCUCAGGUAAAUAUCAUUUAUUUAUACUUUUUAAAUGAAUCUCUAAAGGGACAGGGUUUUCGUUUGUUUGUUUUUUGCUGUUUUGCUUUGAAUUCCCCUCUGUUGCCCUGAAAAUGCUUUUCAACUUCCCCUCCCUAACAUGAGCAUGAAAUAGAAUCAUGCGAUAAACAAACAAACACACAAACAGAUAAACAAUGUUUCACAUAAAACACAACAAACACUCAGCGUACUCACAAGCUCCUUAGCUGUCUGCAAUCCCACAUCUGAUACAAUGUUAGCAGCCCCUAGUUAAACAGCGAGCUUGGGGUAUUGCUGAGUUACUCUGCACUCACACAUCUAAUAACUGCUCAAGGUCAAAGUGUUACAAUUACAAUUCUAGCAUUUUUUUUAGAAUGUUUAUUAUCUGCAUUGCAAAGAUAUAUAAAAUGUGAUUUUAGUGUCUGUGUAACACACAUCAUCUAAUUGCUGUUUAUUUUUCCCCCAUUAAUUGCUGUAAUGCAAUGAUAGUGUCAAAAGUGCAAACCUAAUAAAUUGGAAUUUUGUGUAAGGAAAACUGGAAAAAUAGAGAACAUCAGAUGGUUAACAGACUCACUCCACAUGCUCUGAUCAUCAGUGCUGGCACAAAUAUUUUACCAUAUUGCCCAGAUGCACAGAGAGUGGCCCCUUCUAAAAGAGAUACAGACAGUACACUGACUGCACACUUUAUCACAUAGGGGCUCACUCCCAGCCUGAAUCUUUGAUUUGACAUGGGGAUUCCAGCCAGGGCAGCCUUCUCACCCUUCCAGGUGGAACUAGUCUCCCCUUCCCAUUUGUUCAGAAUAUAUCUUUAUAAAUGUCACAGACAAGGGCAAUACUUUCAACUUAAAAUUUCAGCCAAAAGGGGAAUAAAUCUUCAUAAGGUUGGCAUGCUAACAGUUUGCCAAAUUUGUCACAGUAAGGACAGGCUUCUUUGAAGCAUAAAACAAGCUGUAUUGCUCUAUAGAAUGAAACAUAUCUACAGAUAUACUUUGAAACAACACACCUACAAAUAUACAAACAAACAUGAACAAGUUUAUGCUAGAUAAACAUAUUUUUGGUUUCUAAAUGUUAUGUAAUAUGUGACUAAGUCAUUUUUUUUUCUUUUGCUUAAUAUAUAUAUUUGUAUUACUAUAAUGCUAGUCUAAAUUGUUGGUUGUGUUAUAUGUAGUACAUAUAUAUAUAUAUAUAUAUAUAAAGAUAGAUCAAUGUAAAUAUAUAUAUAUUGCAAGCUAAUGUCUACAUGUUUCUAUAUUUAGUUUUUGAAUUUUAGUUCUGAUAUUGAUAUUAUUUGUCCAGAUUCCCCUAUACGAUAAAUCUAAUGCGAUUUCAAUCUGGCAAGCCUAACUAGGUUUCAAAUUUAGCUUUUAAUGCUCUAAGAUUUGAAUGUACUAAGGUACCUACACUUAUAUAUUCAAAUUAUUUUCCUUUCUCGCACCCACACAUUAAACUGUGUUGGCUGCCAUUUAGCUGUACAAUAUAUAUAUAUGUACAAUAUAAUAGCUUUUUUAUAUAUUUCCUAAAGGUAACUAUUCAGUCCCCACCUAAUUUUACACAGCAUGUGAGGGAGCAAAGCCUUGUGACAGAUCAACUGAGCCGUCGGCUCAUCCGGACCUACCAGUUGUACAGUCGGACCAGCGGCAAGCACGUGCAGGUUCUGGAUAACAAAAAAAUUAAUGCAAUGGCCGAAGAUGGCGACCCACAUGGUAAGAACACUUUUGGACAUUUACGGACAUGUUUGAAUAUGUCAUUGCAGUUGUGUAUAAUCUGUGGGUGCUGGGCAGCAGAACUUACAAUUUACUGUUAGAGAGUAUCUUUCAUCUGUCUGGUAUCAGGCUGGUGUUGGCAAGUGAGCUUACACUUUAGUGGUGUUGUCAAAGUUUAACACAAAUUUUACUUAUAUAACAUAGGGAUUUUGGAUAGUAAAGAAGUAACUAUUUUGAUUUUGUUUAUACGUGUAAACAUAUGAAUACUAUAGGCAUUAUGGCCACCCAAGAGUAGUGGGAGUUUCAGCGCAGGGCAUAUUUCUGUAUUUUAAGUUUCUAGACAAUCUAUUUGGGUGGCUAGUCAUUAAACAGUGAGUUGUGAGAACCAACUUGGAAAACGGAAGUCAAAACAGCUGAGUAAGAAAAAUUACUCCCCACCUUGUCUGAACUGAGAAUGUAUUGAACGUAGCUUUUUUAAGCUUUAUUCCACAAGUCGCUUGUCAAUGUGCGAUAAUUCACAUUUCAGUGAAUAGGCCCCUACUAAUAAAUGUUUGCAUUGGAUGGGAUUGCAAGGAACAUGUCAUAAUAUUAUUUGUAAGAUACUGACAUAAUGAAUGACACCAGUAUGCUCUUUUUAUCCUCCUCCCAUGAGUCAGCAACCCAUAAAGCUUACACUCUAAUUUUGGAGUUUGACAUAGAUAGAUAACUGCCCUGCUAGGAUUACAGUGAGGAUUAACUGUCUCAAAGGCCCAACCACCAGUUUGCUAUAUCUGUCUGUCUAUCUAUCUAUCUAUCUAUCUAUCUAUCUAUCUAUCUAUCUAUCUCAAUAUCUCUCUCUCUCUCUCUAUCUAUCUCAAUAUCUCUCUCUCUCUCUCUAUCAUCUAUCUAUCUAUCUAUCUAUCUAUCUCUAUCUCUCUCUCUCUCUCUAUCUAUCUAUCUAUCUAUCAUCUAUCUAUCUAUCUAUCUAUCUAUCUAUCUAUCUAUCUAUCUAUCUUCUCACUGUCUGCUCUGGGGGGGGUAGAUGGGGGGAGGAGAGUUGUACAAUGCAUAAAUAGAAAUGCAAUGUGUUGUUAAACUCCCUUUGGCACUAAUGGGGUUAAUUGUCUCAAUAGUUCAGGGUUAGCCAAGCACACGUUUUAGUGGUCAUUGCUUUGUUUGGCCUAAUUUUAACGCUUCGCUUGUAACUUUGCCUUUGAUAAAUGAAACAUGUUGGGGCUUUAUUUAACAAAGGCUUUCUGGUGCAAAACAGAUGCAAAAUGAGUGUAAAAAUUAGCACCACAUUUAUCAGAGAUGCUAAUUCCUGAAGGACAGUGGCUCUUUUAAAUGGUAGGUAAACGAGGUGCUUCAGUUGUACUGGAUGAGGUAAAGACCCCCCAGAGUUUCACAGAGAAUAGGUUUUAACAGGUAGUAGGAGAUAUAGUGAAAUACUUUCCAUUAUUUUCCCCUGUUAGUGUUUACAUCGAACUACGCAGUACAGGCCUUGUCAGACAAAGCUGUGUUUAAGGCUGCAGGCCUGUAACUGCAGGUGGGAUAAGCCAGGCCACAAAACAAAUUAUUUUAAUCAGAUUAGGAUAUUAAACAGAGACUUAAAAUCCAAUGUUUAUAAAAUAGUAGCGUAUCAACUAUUCUAAAAUUUGUGCUAGUAAAUUGCAACACAUUGACGUAGCUGUACAUAUGUCCCCCGCCCAUAAAUCUCAUUUAAUAUAGGGGUCCAUUCCCUAAACAGUGAGUUACGGCGAGGUGCCAACUGUCUUGUAAAAUUAAGACAAAAAUAUUCAAUACAAAUAAAUUGUCUAGCUCAACUUAAGUGUAGAUUUUUUUUAAUCUAAUUUGACUAUUUUAGUUUUUCAAGUUAAUUGUUGGCUCGCCAAACUGUUUAGCAGAUAAAGCACUUGGAACAGAACAGACAUAGAUUCUGGGUUUGCAUUUGGCUGUCUCUGUAGUUAGCUAAAGGGUACUUUUUAUUGAUAUAUUUAUAUGGUUUGUUUUUUUCACACUUGAGAAAAAUAUUAAUAACAAAGGAAAACAUUUGCCUUAAGCAAGUUCAAUGUGAGACAGUGGACACAGACAACCAGACAGAUGAGAAAAUUAUACAUACGCAGACGGUCUCAUACGACAUUGAUUCAUAAAAAAAGAAAAAAUGCAAUUCAGUCAAAAAUAGAGCUUUUUAACUGAAGAAGAAUAAUUUUUGAGGUAGUAAAGAUUCUGGGAUUUAUAAUGAAGAAACACACACUCACACAUACACACACAAACACACACACACACAGACAAAAGAAAUAUACAGGGAUAAGAGUAUGAUACUAAACAGAAAUAUAACAAGCAGUUUCUCAGAUGCAAAGGUUUAACAGAGUUGGAAGUCUGUAAAUGUUAAAAGGAGGUUCAAGAUUGUUCUAUAUAAAUCUCCAGAGAGACCCCCAUGUCUGGCAGAACCAUUAAAACUCUUAGUACUUUCACCUUUUUUAACAUUUCCUGAAUAGUUUCUCCUCUUUUCAGUCCAGUUUGGGGAUCAAAUGUGUCUCACUGCAUUUUUUCUGCAUUUACGUAGCUACUUUACUUCAAAGUUUUAGCAGAAAACAUAAUUUUACUGGGAUAAAGCUGUCACUACAGCAAAAAAGAAUAGAAUUGAAAAUGCUAUGCUUUCCAAAAAUUAAACUGGGAAAACUCGUGACCCCAGCUUAAAAAAUCUUCACCAAAAAAAAAGAACUUUAAUUUAGCAUCAUCUCAAACAAUGAGUAUCUUAAACAUAUUUUUUUUAAUUGCACUUUUUACAGCUGAAACUUGCUAUGUCACUUGUCGUAUCAUGCUCUACACAGGAUCAUUUAUUGGAUACAUUUCUUAAUCACAGUUAUUCUUACAUGUCCCUGUGUUAGGAGGCACAGUCAGUCUGGACCACCUCAAAGACACGUUAUAUCUGGCGAGCUGGCCUGCUUUUAUAUUUACAGAAUUUAUACUGUUUAAAUAUAUAUCUGGAUAUAAAGAGUAGAAAUAAAUUAGGAGUACUCAUAGGUAGACAGAUAUGUAGAUAGACAGACAUACAUGGAUGCAUGCAUUGUUUGCAUUGUAUGGUUUUAUUACAUUCUAGGAGUAUUUAAAACCAAUAUACUAAAAAAAAAAAAAAAAAAAGAUAUGGAAUUUUAGGCAUUAGUUGUCUAGACCAGUAUUUGUUUGUUCUCCAAUUGUUCUUCACUAAUGGGGUUUAUUACACUGAAAAUGCGAGGCUACAUUACUUGCACCAAACAAAACCUUUACCUUACCAUCUUCCGUCUGUCUGUAAGACAAUGUGUAAGAAGAAAUGAAUCAAUAUUCUGUGAACCUUUUACUGGAUUUCAAUGGAUUUUUCUUCAUUUCCCACCAAAAGGCCCAUAAGAGAUCCAUCCAUUUGCACAGUUAUUGAAUCGGAAGUAGAUUUGGAUCAGGUGGGGAAUUUAACCUAUUAUCUGUUAGAGGUGUGGGCAAUAAUGAUAAGACGUGGAUAUUUUAGAUAGAGGCGAAUUAAAGAAUUCAGAGUCUAAUCUCCAGUCUUUAUAUGCUUGUGUACAAAGAUUCGUGAUGUAAGCUAAGGUAGGCAAAAUUUCACAUUUUAAAUUUGGAGUUGCAAACUCUUUCUGUAAACAAAGAGGGUGGCAAUAAAUCUAUAAAGUAAAAUAAAUGUAAAAAAAUAAACAUUGUCUCAAUGAAAAAAAAAAAUAUUAGAUCAAUUUUAUUUUAGCGGUCUUAGUUUGGUAUUUUACCCAUGUUUAAUAUCAUACUUCUAUUUCUGGGUGUAUACAUUGUGACAGAAUACUACAUAGCAAUGUCUAUUGAGUCCACAUAUAUCUAUUGAUGUCCACACUCUGCAGGGGUUUGUCUUUUCAAUAAACAGGGCAUACUAGUGAUUGGAGAAUAACCUGUGAAAUAUAGUCUAAAAUAUAAGAGUUGGGAAAAAAAAUCGUUCAUUUUGCUCAGAUGUCUGCCUUUCGCCUUAAUUUACAAGUUUUGUUUCUAGUCGUCGUCGUGACCAUCAUGAUGUUCAAAUUAAAACAUACUAUGACAAAACAACGCAUAUCUAUCAGCGUAAAACAUAUUAACGACAGCAUGUUUUCAGUUAUUAUUUGAAUAGAUUUGAGUGAAAUUCUGCAUGCAGUUAUUAAUCAUUUAGAAUCUAUAUGGAUUAGGAAUACAUAUUAAUAUAAGGCGAGACCAGACGGAGAGUUUUGUAUGUGGGGGGAUGUCUAUUUUUUUUUCUGUUGUUUUUCUUUUCUCGAAAGUGCAUUGACCCAAAAUUUGCAUAGUCAGUCUGCGCGGCAAUCAAUAAGUAAAUCAAUAAGCCUCAACACACAAGGGUGAAAGAAAUUAAAGGGCAUUUGCUACCCUUUGUGUACUGUGUACUGAGCAAGCCAAUAAAAAAUACUUUAAAUUGCUACUCUCCCUAGUUCAACAAUUAAAAGUGGUAAGAAACUCCUCUUGUGUUCUGUAAUGACUGAAGGGGUUAAUAUUGACCUGCAUUUUAUGUACACAUAGAAACUCUCAUAGUAAACUGAUAGACACAAGUGUAGAAUUGGGAUAGGGAGUCUGAAGUAGUGAUUGACAGUUUGUUAUCUCUCUGUCUGGUACAAAUUUAACAUGUUUUAGCACAGAUGGUUUUGUCUGUCUGUCUAAUAAAUGACUAUCCUGAGCUAGUGCAGAUUCAUAUGUCUUUAUAAUAUGUAUUGGAGUUGGCAAUCCCAUAGGGUUAACAGGUCAAACCAUUGUUUCAUAAAUCAAAUCUUUUCAUUCUGCUACAAAAAAAAGGGCCUUUUCGGUAAAUAGAAACAAAAUUGCCAUCAUUUAAACCUGAAUUUAUCAUGGACAUUAACAUGGCGUUUCAAAGUUUUCAAAGCUGGACAUUACAAAUUGAUUGUGUCAUCUGUCCAAGACUGGAAGCAAAUAUAUGGAACAAAAAAUUUAUAUUUUGUCCGUAAUUGUAUAAAAUGUUUCCUGUGCUUUUCUUGAUUAAAGACCAGGUUACGUUACCAUGUGAGUGCCAGACGUUAUGCAAUGCAUUGUUUUGUAAGGCAUUGCGUAAUUCUGGCACAAUCUGAGUUUAACAUUUUUGUUCCAUUUACCAAUGCAAUGGUGCAAUGCUACAUAGAUAUUCAAAUAUUAAGGAACAAGUUGAAUGGCCCAGGAGGAUUGACAGACACUGGGGAAGCUGGAAGCCAUAGAGUUGAGGCUAAAAAAACCAGGGGAAGAUAGAUAAAAAGACAAAGGGGGAUCUGAAAGGGUUAGUUUGGCGAGACAUGGGUGAGCUUAGAAAACAUAGGGCAGCUUAGAAAACAAAACGAGAUCUAGAAGCACUGAUUUAGAAUCUCAAAACACAUUUUUAACAAAGUAUGGCAAUUGAAUAAUUAUUGUUCCGUAAGAAACACUUGUUUAGAUGUUCAUAUCUGGAUGUAGCAGGAUUAAAGAAGUAAUGAUUUGCUCUCUAAAUAACAUUUAUUGUGUGUCUUGCUAGUACUUUAAUAAAAUCACAGGGAAUUUCUGCAUGAACGUCCUCUUGAUUGGCACAGUUCACGUAUAUUGAACAUUUCCCUUUUCUCUCGAGUAAUACGUUUAUUUCUUUGUCCUUACAGCCAAGCUGAUUGUUGAAACGGACACAUUUGGAAGCAGAGUCCGCAUUAAAGGCGCAGAAACUGGCUUUUAUAUCUGCAUGAACAAAAAGGGAAAACUGAUCGGCAAGGUAAGGACAUUUUUUGGAGCAUGACAAAAUAUUGUCAUAUACAUGCUGGGACCAGAGGCCUGGAGACUCAUUUAAGUGUAAAGAGAAGUAAUUAGGCAGUUAUCGCAGCCGAGAGAAACAAAAAGGGUUUUCAUGAGGCUCUGAUUAAAACAUUUUUUAUUUUUUUAUAAUUUAAAUAAAAUUAGGGAAGAAAUAUAAGAAAGGUAAAGAGUAAAAAAAAAAACAAUAAUUGAUUAAAAGACAUAGGAGAAAAGGAAAGGGAAAAGGCUGACUAAAGAGGGAUAAAAGAGUCAAAAAGAAUAAAAGGUGGGAAGAAUAAAAGGGGUGUUUCAAAUUCCAUAUAUCUUAUUUAACAAAUAGCUAAACUGCUUUACUAUUCUGUGCGAUUACAUGGUACAACUAAAUGGAAUGUCCAGGCAGAGUUCAGACUGCUGCAUUAGUAAGCCCUGAAAUCUUCCCUUUAGUCAUGCUUUCCCUUUAACAACCAGUAAUAUUUCACAAGCUUCUUUCUCUCAACUUCAAUUUCAAGCCAUUGUCAGUCUUUAAAGAGAAACUGUCAUCAUUUUAAAUUUAAUUUAUAUUUAAAGUAGACAUUUGCAUGACUUAGAACUUACGCGUGUACGGUUUUGUAAAGCAAACGUAAAAGUAAAUAUUUUCCUACUUUCAGUGCAUCUAGUGGAUUUAUUUUGCUCUAUGGGGUGGCCAUCUUUAAGCCUCUUUGGUCAAAAGCACAGCUUAUCCAACCGCAGAUUGUGCUGGUAAUGAAGAGCAAGUGUGGGUUCACAAAACCUAAACUAUCAGCAAGCAAAGGGCCUCUCAAAAAUGCACUUAAAGAUGUUUUCAGACCUUCAAAUUAUGAAUGGAUUAAGCAGAUAAGCAGGGCCUCUAAUCCAAAAGUACUAAAGAUGGCCACCUCUAUGUAAUCAUUGCAAAAGAAGGCACAAUAAGGCUGUGUUACAAGCAAUCUUUGAUUUUCACUACCUUUAAAAAGACGUUGACCGUUUUCCUUUAUGAUGUCUGAUGAAAUGAGGAUAUUUAUCCCUUCUGAGCAAUGUAUUGGGCUGGGUGCGGAGAUUAAAAGUAAUCAAAGCUCAGACCACAGUUAGCUUUAUAUAUCUGAUUUAGACUUCCCUCGUUCAAGAUUAAUCGAUUCCAAGUACUAGUUAUCUGUAGCCUAGGUAAAAGUUACAGUUUGAUAUGUUUAGGAUUAACAUAACCUGGAUUUCUGGAGAAAUUAUUCAGGAACUGAAAAGUUUCGGCAAAAAUAACUAAAGUAGUAAAUUCUGGCUAUUCUUGCUAACUGGGCUAUUUUGACCUACAAAUGUUCGAUUCCUGUAUUAAUUUCACACAAUUUAGUGUUUAGUGAGUAAAUUAAUCAUUUACAAACCACCAACGUUUACUGCAGUGUUGUAUAAUGGGGUUUCUGCUCAAAGUUAUAAAACUGGUGUCUGUGUCAACUUUUUUGGGUGAUUUUACCUCUUAAAGUCAGAACGUUGCAACUACAUACCAAGAAGAAUGGAUGUAGCUGAACAACUGUGAGAAAUUCAUUAAACCUAUGUUUUAUCAACAAAAAGAAAGAAUGUACAAUUAAAUAUAACACCUCUCUGAAAUGUAAUAGGAUUCUUAGUGAAUAGCACAUACAUAUCUCUUCGGGUUUAGAAAUGUUACAGCUACGACAGAAGCUGUUCCAUUAUACACCUCAAGCAUGUUUAAUCAACUUUACUUAAUGCCAUGAUUUGCAUAAUGUACAAGGUGGCUAAUUCUUUAACCAAGUAGAUGUUGUUUUAAGUAUUUAAAAGUCAUGAUUCUUUUUCAAAAUGUAGUGUGUUCACUAAGCAGUGAGAGAUUUGCAAAAUUUAGACCAACACAAGAACUAUAACAUAUUAAACUGGCUGGGUUGGAGUUUUUUUUCCAAAUUUCAUCAAUUUCGUCCAAGUUAUACAAGUUAGUUGUCAAUUCAACCCAACUCUUUGUUAGUGAACACACCCCCUUAGUUAAGCAGAAUGAUAAUAUAAACUUGAUCUUUUCUCAUGAAAUGUAUCUGGAUCAUUGUUAUGUCAGCAAUGUUUGUUUUUGUUUGGUUUUUAUCUAAACACAUCAUCAUAAAAUAUAUACUAAUUAUAUCUUUUUCUUGGUAUGUCUGCAGACAAAUGGAAGAGGCAAAGAUUGUGUCUUCACCGAGAUUGUCCUCGAGAACAACUACACUGCUUUGCAAAAUGCCAAGUAUGAAGGCUGGUACAUGGCGUUCACACGAAGAGGCCGUCCUAGGAAAGGGUCCAAGACAAGGCAGCACCAACGGGAGGUUCAUUUUAUGAAGAGGUUGCCGAAGGGCCACCACACCACAGAACCUCAUAAACGUUUUGAGUUUAUUAAUUACCCUUUUAAUAGAAGGAGUAAAAGAACUCGAUACUCAGGCUCUCGGUAGGAACCGGACAAGAGUCACUUCCAUGUUCCAGAGACUUUUCAUACAGACUACUCUAUUCUAAUAUAAAAACGGACAAGUUGGACUCGCUGUUUUAUAUAUAAAUAUACAUAUAUAUUUUUUGGUUUUUACAGAAGAUGAUCUAUUUUUUUAUUUCUACAGACUUUUUUUUUUUUAAGAAAAAAAAACAAAAAAAGAAGAACUGUACGGACUUACAAAAACAAUGUGCGCUCUGCACAUAGAUCUUAGACUUUUCUUUAAAAAAAUAAAAUAAUAAUCUAGCAAACAACGUUGUAGGUGAAAGUGAAACCGAAACCUGGGACCAAAAGUGCUACUUACAGAUAAAAAACAUAACCAAAAACAAACAAACAAAAUACAGGUACCGAACAACUGAGGAAGAACCUUGCUCAUGGUUCUUAAUUUUCUACAUAAAUCUGUUGGGUAAAGGUUGUUUUAUUUUCUAUUUUUUUUUUUUUUUUUAUUAUGUAUGCUUUUGAUUAUUUUUAAGAGCUGCUUUUUUCACUCAUUCAAUUUCCUUAAUGGAAAUGUUGAAUUACCUGGUUGAAACAGGUUUUCAUGUCUAACAAAAAAAAUGUAAUUUUUUUUUAAAAUUAAAUAUAAAUAUUUCUGCCAACAAAGAGAAAUCACCUUCUUUGACACAAAAGACCUCAAGACUUGCAACUGCAUGUUGAUAAAACAAAGUGCAUCCCAGUGGUAGAAAACAGAUGUAAAAAUAGUGAUAAAAGUAAUAAUAAUAAUGGUAUUAUUUUUUUUAAACACUGUACAAAUGUCAGUUGCCUGGCAAGAUCUUUGUCCUUUUUUUUUGAGGAUAUGUGUACAUAUUAAUAUUAAUGAUGGGAAUAUUUAUU